UUAUGAUGAAUUUUAUGCAUCCAUCAUCAUCAUCAUCAUCAUUAUCAUCAUCAUCAUCAUCAUCAUCAUCUGAUCCAUCGGCUUCAAUCAUGUCGAAACCUGGUUUGAUUAAAUUGAAAAAUAAUAAUCACCAAAAUGAUUAUGGUGAUGAUGACUACAAAGAACAUACAGCUACAAUUACAUCGGAAUCCGGUAUCGAUGAUGAUUAUGAAUCAUCAUCUUCAGAACAAUGUCCAACCCUCGUGCCUACAUUAGAAGAAUUUUAUGAUGGACAAUCCGUAUUCAUUACAGGUGGUACCGGAUUUGUUGGUAAAGUUUUGAUUGAAAAAUUACUUUAUGAAUUUCCAACAAUGGGUAAUAUUUAUGUCAUGUUACGGCCAAAAUCUGGUCAACUAAUACGACGACGACUGGAAAAAUUGACCGAAUGUCAAGUAUUUGAUCGUAUACGUCAACAAUAUCCAGAACGGUUACAAAAACUUAAGGCUAUUAGUGGUGAUAUUCGCUAUCCAGGAUUGGGUAUCAAUCCAAUCGAUCUACAAACAAUACGUGAUAAUGUUUCAAUUAUUUUUCAUUCGGCUGCAACGAUUCGUUUUGAUGAACCAUUAAAAUAUGCUUUAUUAAUCAAUACAUUGGGCACAAAACGUGUGGUACAAUUGGCGAAAAAAUUAACAAAUCUUCGUUCAUUCGUACAUGUUUCAACGGCAUAUUGUACGGUAGAUAAACGAAAAAUCGAUGAAUGUGUGUAUUUUGAACCGAUUUCACCGGAUAAAAUUCUUGAAAUGGCUGAUUGGAUGAAUGACGACACUAUGAAUCGAUUGACCAAAACGCUAUAUCGUGGUCGGCCAUGUUCAUAUCAUUACACAAAAUCAUUGGCCGAACAUUUAUUGGCCGAAGAAGUGGCAAAUGGUUGUUUUUAUCAAUCAAAAACAAAAAACACUACCACGACCACAAUAAUGGAUGAUGAUAACAUUGAAUCAAAUGAUACAAAAUGGCGUCCAUUUCCAGCAGCAAUUGUUCGACCAUCAAUAAUAACACCAUCAUGGAAUGAACCAUUUCCCGGUUGGGUUGAUAAUUAUAAUGGAUUUACCGGAUUUUUAGUUGUCAGUGGUAAAGGUAUUCUACGUUCAAUGAAUGUACAAAAAGAUUAUCUGUGUGAUCUAAUACCAGUGGAUGUGGUCAUCAAUACAUGUAUAUUAUCGGCAUGGUAUAUUGCCGUUCAUCAUUAUAAACAUUCAAAAUUUCCACGAACAUUAACAACAUCGGCAACAACAAUGUCCGAUAAUCGUCAAUGUUCAGAUAAUAAUGAAAUAUUUGUUGUUAAUUGUGUGACAGGUGCACACAAUCCAAUCACAUGGAAUCAAUUACGUAAUAUUUCAAUGCCAUUAAUGUGCCGUUAUCCAUCGAUGGAAAUGUUUCGUGUGCCGAAUGUACGAUUUCAUCGUUCCAAAAUGAUAAAUCAAAUCAAUGUAUAUCUUGAACAUACUAUACCAGCAUUCGUUGUGGAUUUCCUAUUCAAAUUCAUGGGUUUCUCACCAAUAUUGAAUCAAGUUUAUCAAAAAGUACACCGUGUUACAGAUGCAUUAGAAUUUUUCACCACAAAUGAAUGGACAUAUACCGGCAUGAAUAUGUUACGUUUGAUUGAAGCAGCUGAUUAUGCAUAUCGUAAUAAUCAACGUAAAGAACUGAUUAAUAAAACAUUAUAUGUUGAUGGUGAAAAACACUUACAGAAACUACAUGAACAUCAACAACAGCAACAAUCUAUCAUGGAUGUAUCGGAAAGAUUUCCGAUUGACAUACGAAAAUUGAAUUGGCCAGAUUAUUUUCGUGAUUAUGUAUUGGGUGUACGACGAUUCCUAUUGAAAGAAGAUCCAGCUACUAUACCACGUGCACAGAAUCAAUUAUUUUUAAUCUAUAUUGGUACAAUGAUGACAAAAAUUUUGAUUACUGGUACAAUUUGUUAUCAGCUUGUUUAUCCACGUUCAAUUGCACGGCAAUCAUUUAAAAUGCUAAACACAACGACAACGAUGACAAUGACGAAUAAUCGAAAGCGUUUACCAUUUACAUACAACAUUCUAUCAUCGAUUCAAUCAUUGUUUUCAUCCAAGUAAUUGUUGUCAACGUCGGUGGUGGCAGACAAAUGAAAGAACGGAAAAUACUACAAUAACGAAAUUCCGGACAUUUUCAUAUUUCAUACAUACAUACAUACAUACAAUCAAUCAAUCAUCUAGUCGACAAACACUUUUUGAAUUUUGG